AUGGUCUCUUUUUUUUUUGUUCAAAGUUAAAAAUUCAAGUCUUAAUGUGCAAAUGCAAACUGUGGCAGAAACCUGAGGAUGUGCGUCUCACUUCAUUUGUUGGAAAUGACCAAAGAGCGAGGGACAGCGCGUGCUUUGCGGAGUCCACGCGAGCGGCUCUGCCAUCAAACAUUCAUUUGGCGGAGUGACUGAUGCACUGUGGGAAAACAAAUAAGCGCUGGCUCCCCGGACACCCGAUCGAGUACAAGCGCAGCGAUAGAUUUAUGGAGACAUCGUCGGAGUUGGAGAGGAACGUGUCCUUUGUCCCCGAGUCGGGCCCUGUGACCGCCCUAGAUCAGGAUGCGCCGCUCGGUCGCGGGCGCGCCGUAGAGGCAGCGGAGAGGGACGGCAGUCUGGGCCCUUCCGAGGAGGGACUGAGCCUCACCCGAGAGGAGGCGGAGGCGGCGGGGGCCGAGUUACUUUGGACCAAACUGGAGCUUGUCGAUUCUCAGCUGAUCCGCUUCCAGAACCUUCUCCAGAUCCAACACGAGACGGGACAAGAGGAGUUGCAGCAACAGCCGAGCGAGCGGCGAGACUCGACGGCGGCCAUCGGCCCAGGAGCUCGCCGGCCGCCGGCAUCGCCACGGAGGUCUCCCGUUGAGGACACAAUGACGUUAGCGGCGUGGUCGAGCCUUCGCUGCGGGCUGCUGGAACUGGAGGAUGGCUGGAAGCAGCCGGUGGAUUCUCAGGUGAUCAAAUCGUCCGGCGCUGAUGGAGUCUGCGACGACCUCGAAGGGCCUCGCGCUCGUGUCGGAUGCCUCCAAGAGUCAGCCGAGCAGUGGGAGGACGACGACGAGGAUCCGGGGAGUGACGAGGAAGCGGCAACGCACUGCGAGCGUUUGGCCCGCAGCCUGACCGGUCUGGCCGGCGUCGGCCGGGAACGUUUGGGACGGACGCCGCAGCUCUGCACCACCGCGACUGUCCUGAGCCAGGAAUUGGCCGCUCACAUGAAGUUCUUUCGCUUCCUGCGCCGACAUCUGCACGUCCUGGAAUUCCUGAGCCGCAGAGUUCCGGAGAGCAGCCUCCGCGGAUGGGAGGUCACCAUGCGGGCUCUGCGGGAGGAGACGCUCUCCUUGCAGACACAGGCGCUCCACACGGGUGUCCGCAUGGAACAAAUGCUCGAGAGGUGGCGCGAGUGGGAAGAAGAUGCCGGCCGCUGCCAGUCGCUGCUGACAAGCGCGGAGAUGUCACUUGCCGGCGGGUGUGGCUGUGCGCCAGCAUCCCAGGACCCGUCUUGGACGCUGGAUGAGAAUGAAGCCCAGCUGGGUCGAAUGCUGGAGGCCGGGCUUUGGCUGCAGCGGGCCGGCUGCAUCCGAGUGGGCGUGGCCUGUGGGGAUUUGGAGGCUCGCUGGACACAACUCAGCAAAACGUUCAAGCUGCAGAAUGGAGACAUGGAGAGGAAGAGAAAACUCAGCCAGAGUUUCACACGCGACUCCGCCGCGCUCGCAAAGUGGAUGAGCAUGGCCAGAGAGCUGAUUGACAGGUGGAGUCUUCUGGCCCUCUCGGCCACUGGGGACGCUGCAGGUGUGAAGCAGAGACGGGAGGAAUACCGUCGUUUUGUGGCCCUGAUCAAGGAUCUCGAGGACCAAACCAGACUCAAAGAAGCCGUCAUCAUCACCGCCUCCCAGUUGGGUGCGCUAAGGGGAGUUGACCAAGACGUAAGAGGAGAUCCUGAGGAGAGGUGGUCCCUGUGUGAGACCCUGGACCAGGAUCUUGAUUGUAUGAGUGAACAUCUUGGACGCUUGGAGAGUGAUUGGUCAUCUCUGCUGACUGAAAUUCCAGUGGUCCAAAACGCCCUGCACAAGUGGUGGAUGGAGACAUUGAGCCAGCAGGAGGCGCUGCAGGAGCUGCAGGGCUGGCUGGCAGACUCAGAGUCUCGACUAGGAGAAGAAAGAUGCUGCGUGGACCGAAACUCGUGUACUGCCGCCGACCUCUGGCUGCUCCUUAAAUACUACAAGGAGUGUCGUGCAGAGAUGUUGGCGCAACAGCCCACCCUCGACCACGCUAGCCAGCCUUGGGAGACGUGCAGUAGCGCAAAGGGCCCGAGGGGGCGGUACGAAGCCAACCAGCUGGCGGAGGACCAGGGAAGCCUCAAGCGGCGCUGGCUCAUGAUGCAAACCGCUCUGGAUGUUCAGAUUGGUGAGCUGGAGGAAGACUUGAGGGUCAGGACGGAGCAGGAAGUUGGUCUUGAACGCAUUGACGCCUGGAUGGUGGAUCACAAACGGAGUCUAGACUCGGCCCGGGAACCCCGCAGCCUGGCUGAGCUUCAGCGGGACCUCAACCAGGAUCUUGAUGAGCAAAUACAAAUGAGACAGGUCGCUCUCCAGGAACUAGCAGACCAGUGUAGUCGGCGAGGAGGAGAUGGAGCCUUCACGUGUCACAUUGACCGGUCCAGCACGGCGUGCAUUGCGCUAGCUCAACAGAACCAGGCGGUCAGGAGUCACCUUAUGGCGACGAGGCAGCUGUGGCUUUGCUUGGACGGCAAAGUAGAUGACAUGAUGGAAAGACGAGUGAGGACAUCUCAGAUGUUGGAACUUGUCUGUGGUCAUAGCCUCUCCUUGCGAGCCCACAAAGAUCUCCAAUGUCAGCUGCAGAGUCUUCAUGAAGACAUGAAGGCAUCAGAGUCCGAGUGGGACAGUCUCCAUCAGACCUUUGUGGCUCUCAAGGCCCGAGUACACCCAGAUGCAGCAAACAUGCUCGCUCAGCGCAUCGACAAACAAACUCACAGCUGGUCUGGCCUCCAUUCCUGUUUGGAACAGCACCUCCAGAAGAGCCUCGUUCUCCAGACCGCAUGGGAGCUUCAUGCCCAAAGUGUAGCCGUCCUGUGGGAGCGUGUGAAGGAGCUGAAGAGGAACGUGGCCACGUCUGUCCUCACUGGGGACGACGCAGCAUGUCAACAUCUGGACGUCAACCAGGACUUGGAGAAAUUUCAAACUUUGCAGGAGAGAGCAGACUCCUUGCAGUGUAACCUGCAGGGGUUGCGGGAAGACUCCAGGGACCUGACCGGCCAGCUGGAACCCUGGGCGGCUGCUCUGGUCCAAUCAGAGAUCAGGUUGCUGUCUCGUGCCGCCCUGCGACUCGGAUGCACGGUGACUGCAAAACGAGACGAGCUGCAGGAGGGGCUGCAGACACUGCUGGAGGUCAGCAGCCUCCUCAACACUCUCGAGGCCGCACUGGAGAGCUGGAUGGAGCACCUGGAGCAGUGGGAGCGCACGGCGCAGCACGCCGUCCAGCAGAAUGUUGUCGAACAGCGCGUCCUGCUGGACCCGUGCGCUAUGGCUGCAGAUCUGGACGUCCUCAACGAGCUGAGUCGCAACCUGUCGCUGAACGACGGCACGGCGCGACGCCUGUGGCGCUUGAACCGACGAUGGAGCGACGCCUCCGCUCGAGCCCAGGAAGCCUGCAGUGAGCUGCAAACGAAGGUGUUGCGCCAUCAGAGCUUCGAGCAAAAAUGCGAGAGCUGGAUGUCGUUCUUGCAGAGGAUGGAGGAGCGUGUUGCCGUGGACGUGUCGGGAUCGUACGCCGGACUCAGGCAGCAGCUGCGUGUUCACAAGCGCUUCCAGGCGGAGAUGUCCACGGGCGACCAUAUCCUACAUUCCGUCAUCUCCGACGCACUCCACCUGCUGCAGAGAGGAGACGUGGAUGACAGGAGCGACUUCAUCCUGAAGCUGACGCAGCUGCGUGAGCGGUGGUGCGGCGCCGCCCAGCGAGCUGAGCGGCGCUGCUCCCUGGUGGAGGGCCUGGUCCAGCGGUGGCACCGGUACCGCCGGGGCCUCCGCAAACUCCAGCGCUUCCUGGCCCACGCGCAGAACCUCCUGCCGGGACCCGGGCCCAGCGGCCUGCUGACCUUACGCCGAUCUCUGCGACAGCUGGAGCACACGCAAUUGCUCUUCCGGCGCCAUCAGAGCAGCUUCAUCCACACGCUGGAACUGGGCCGCCAGCUCUUCUCGGCGGCCACCGAGCAGGACACGCAGGACGCCAUCCGGGCCGAACUGGCAGGGCUGCAGGACGACUGGGACCGCCUCCGCGGUGCGCUGAGCCACCGCCUGGACCUCACUCGGGGAGUUGUGGAGAAGUGGGAGCGCUGCGAGGCCGGACUGAAGGACAAAAUGGUGCAGCUGAAGGACGUGAAGACUCGGCUCAACCAGUCGAUGCCAGAGUGCCGCACGCCCGGCGACCAGGAGGAGGAGGAGGAGGAGGAGGAGUACCCGGAGGACGGUCCGGAGGACGCCCUGCGAGACUGGGUCCACGGCCUGAGCCAACUCAGCGCCGUGAAGAUGGACCUUAGUCAGUACGUGAUGCCCGACGACGUCCUGCUUCUCCACGAGGGUGUCCGACAUCUUGACUGCCACUGGGAGGAGCUGUGCAUCAAGGUGUCCCUUCGCAAGCAGGAGAUCGCCGACCGACUGAACGCGUGGAUGAUGUUCAAGGAGAAAAAUGCGGAACUGUGCGACUGGCUCGCCCACAUGGAGAACAAGAUGGCCCACGAGGCCCACCUCAACAUCGAGGAGAUGGUAGAGAAGCUAAAGAAGGACUGCAUGGAGGAGAUGAACCUGUUCAGCGAGAACAAAAGUCACCUGAAGCAGCUGGGAGAACAGAUCAUCAACGCCAGCAACAAGACCAAAGAGAGCGACGUCAACGACGCCCUCUACGACAUCAACGAGCGAUGGCAGCACCUGUUCCACCACAUCGAGGCCAGGGUGCGGAAGCUGAAGGAGACUCUGGUGACGGUGCAGCAGCUGGACAACAACAUGAAGGAGCUGCGCAGGUGGUUGGCGCGUGUGGACGCCCAACUGGCCCAGCCGCUCAUCUACCACGUGUGCCACGCCGACGACAUUCACAACAAGCUGGAGGGCCAGCAGGAGGUGCAGCGUGACAUCGACGACCACGCGACGACGGUAGCAUCAGUGGCGAGGUCGUGUGACAUCCUGCUGCGCGACGCGGAUGCUUGCUGCGGCGAGUCGGAACGUGACACCAUCCUGCAGGCUGCGAGCAGUCUGGACCAACGCUGGCGGAACAUCUGCGCCACGGCCCUUGAGCGGAAAAUGAGGAUCGAGCAGACGUGGCGUCUGUGGUGCAAGUUCGUGGACGACUUGGCUUGCUUCGAGGACUGGCUCGAGGCGGCCGAGCUGACGGCGGCCAAUCCAGACUCUGCCGACGUCCUCUACGCCACUGCCAAGGAGGAGCUCAAGAAAUUUGAGGCCUUCCAGCGGCAAGUGCACGAGCGUUUGACCCAGUUGGAGCUGGUCAACGAGCAGUACCGCCAGCUGGCCCGCGAGAACCGGACAGACGCCGCCGGCGAGCUCCACCUGAGGGUCGAUGAGGGCAACCGGCGAUGGGACGGCCUCCUGAGACGCGUGGCCGCCGUGCUACGACGACUCAAGCAUUUCACAUCGCAGAGAGAAGAUUUGGAGAGCACUCGCGAGGGUAUCCUAAUGUGUCUGACGGAGAUGGACCUGCAGCUCACCGACGUGGAGCACUUCUGUGAAAGCGACAGGGAGGACAAAAUGAGGCAGCUGAAGGCCUUCCAGCUCGAGAUCACGUUCAACGCCAACAGGAUCGACGCCCUCAUCGUUUUUGGCGAGAACCUGAUUAAGAAGAGCGCUCCUGUGGACGCGGCACUCAUCGAGGAAGAGCUGGAGGAACUGCAUUCGUAUUGCCAGGAAGUCUUCGGCCGCGUCGCACGUUUCCACCAUCGCCUGCUUUCCCGCCGCCCAGUUGAGGUUCUGGAGGAGGAGACAUGUGACUGGAGGAACCCUGCCCAAGCGAGCGGCGCGGUGUAUUCAUGGAGGGACUCGUUCAAGAAGGACGCGGCUGAACUCCAGACUUUGGAACAUUCCGGAAGAGAGACGCCUAUCAGCGUGGACUCCAUCCCGCUGGAGUGGGACCACACUGUCGACUUGGGAGGGUCCUCGUCCCGCCAAGAUGCAGACAACGCCGAGGACAUCGCGUUCGUCCGCACCCUGUCAGCGAAGUCUACAAACGACACGCCAAGCUGGCAUCAUCCCGCCUCCCCGCCGAGAACGGCGCUUAGCCAGCGUGUCCGCAGCGCUUCAUUCCACCAGCAGGGCUACGUGAAGCUGAUGUCCGAGUGCAGCGGAAGCAUCGAUGACGUCAAGCGAGUCAAGUUGCUCCUCGACGAUGAGCAGAAAGUGGAAAAUCUCCCUCCAGCUAGUCAACCUGGUCUGACCGGUGGCGCUGCGCCGAAACGUACGGCAACAGGCGUGAUCCAGCGCUGGGAGGUAGCGCAGGCCCAGUGGGUCCAGCAGGAGAAUGACAUCCGUCAGAACCCGCAGCAAUGGCACCAGCUCAGCGCCAGACUCAGGGACGUCACUUCCUGGCUGAACAGGAAACUGCCCGAGCUGGAGGCGCUGCAGAUGAUCCCGCCCUCCACCGGCGUCGCAGACUUUGAAGACAACGUCAGGACGCUCAAGGAGAUGCAGCACGCUUUCUGUGCGCACAAGCGCCUGAUGAUCUCGGUCAACCUGGCCAUUGGUCACUUCCUGCUCGCCGGUCGCCACGACGACAGCGAGCAACUCAAUCGGCUAAAAGCGGGGCUCGGCUCGGCUAACCACGGCUGGAUGCGAGCCUGCGGCGCUUUGGAACGCUGGGAGGCGGGCCUUCGCGCUGCACUUAUGCAGUGUCAGGAGUUCCACGAGUCACUGCAUUCGUUGCUUUUGUGGCUCGCUCAAGUCGCGCAAAAACUCAGCGAGAUAAGCGAGCGUCGCCCUUCAGCCUCUUACGCCGCCCUGCUGGAGCAACAGAGUAAACUGCAGCAGUUGCAAGAGGAGCUGCGGGGACGCCGGGAGGCUGUGGCGUCGCUUCACGCCGUCGGCACGCAGCUCCUCCUGGAGCCGGGCCGGGACCACGGGGAUUGGGUGGAGGCCAAGGAGAAAGUUCACGUGGUCAGCAACAAGAUGAAAUUGCUACUAAGGCACAUUCACGAAUGCCUCAGCGGCCUGAACCAAGACCUAAACAGCCUCGAGCACCACAAAGUGGAAGAGGAGGAGCCAGUCAAUGACCCACAGGCAGACAUGCAAAGAAGGGGUGCGGACGUCGCCCCCGCCCGCCGCCGGCCUCUGCUGUACCGCCUGCUGCGGGAUGCGUUCCCACUGCACGUGCUGUUGGCACUGCUGCUGGCGUUGGCCUGCUUGGUGGCGGCGCCGGCGCACGAGCAAUCCGACAGCUGCUCGCUCACCAACAACUUUGCGCGCACCUUCUACCCCAUGCUGCGCUACACCAACGGACCCCCGCCCACGUGACAGCACCCCCACCCACCCUAUGUGUGCGCAUGUGUGCUUGUUUCAAAGCCAGAAGUGAAGACAGUUGAAUUUUUGUGACAUACGUGACACAAAUCGGUUGAGUUUAUCAAAAGGACGUUUUGUUUUGUUUUUUUUGUCAUUGAAAAAGUUUGUGGACUUCAAAUUGUCAGUGAAUUUUGUACAUUAUAUACAAUUUAUCGUCUUCCCAUGCAAUGGAAAUCCUCUGCUUAUCAAACUAUUACGACGUUAUUUACAUAACAAUGCAACCACUUUUUUUUCCCCAGAUUUUUUUUUUUUUUUUUUUCCCAGCUCAAAGCUGCUUUUUCCCCAGGAGAUUUUUUUCAGUCCAGAUUGCGACUUUUCCGCUCAAAGAACGUUUCCUGCAACAUUAUAGUACAAUUGUCAUAAUAGUAUUCAGACUUUAGUCUCGUUGUAUUCCAACUUUAUUUCAUGUCAUAAAAUUUAUUCUCAUUCUAACGUUAUCCUCAGAACAUUGCGACUUUUACACAAGUAUUUUAAACCCAAGUAUAAGACAUUUAUGACAGAACACAAUUAUGUACUGUAAUGUGAAAAAAAUAGCUAUUCACAUCUUUUUCUCAAAUCUUACAUUUUUGGUUUAGUUUCUUAACAUUUUGACAUUUAUUUAAAAAAAAAAAACACAACAGUUCUUCAGAUACAUUUUUCCAAAUCAACUUCAGUUUUACGACACCUCUAUAAAAGAUUUUAAAGGUUUUUUUUUCCCCCGUUUGGAUGAACGUUGAAUCAAAUAAUGUACUUCAAUUUUUGAAAACAGUCGACUGUGGUGCAACGCGUUUAGCAUCGGCUUUUGAGUCCAUCUGCAAAAUGGACAAAAACACAGUGGAAUAUUUUCCAUAGAUUUGUCGUUUUUGCUUCUAUUGGUCAAUAUUGAGUGAAAAAAAAUUUAUUUGCAGUUUUCGUGUUUGUCAGAACGAGGACACUAAUGGACAGUGUGAGCUAAACAAGUGACAACAACAAAAAAAAGAGAAAAUAUGUCCGAUAGAUUGUAUUGCUUUGUGUUUGUUGCAUGAAAUGAUAGAUUUAGUUUUAAGAUGCACAAGCGAGCUAGGAAACUCGUCUGCUAGCUUGAAGCUACCAGUGACAAAAAGUGCAAACUGAAAUCCUCUUCAAAUGGUCCUGAGUAAAUGUAGUCCGGCAUCUCGAUUGAUUUUCCCCAUAACGUCGAUCACUCAAUUUGCGUGAAUUUGCAAUUUGGUUGAACUAGGCUACCCUUUUGCGUAAUCGUCAUUUUCAAUUUCAGAUUAGCAACUCAAAUGCAGCAAUCGCCAAUGAAUCAAACGCGUCCCUAAAUGCAAAAUUAUUCUCGACCUUUUCAGUGUAUUAAAAAAAAAAAAGUUAUGAAUACAAUAUUGGACUCACUUAUCCAAUUUACUCAUCUGUUGAUUUUUGACAAGCCUCAC